UUUAAAGCUUAUCAGUGCGUGUGCUAGUAGUAUUAAUUUAGAGUCUUGCAGACUAGUGUUUACUUAGACUCUCUUACACUUUCAGGGUGAUUUUCUAACAUAAACCAGGACGGUGCCUGACAGUCUCGAUCCAAAAUGAAAGAUCAAAAGCAUCAAAGUUCUUCGUUGCCUGUGCACAUGGCCAGUAGCAAAAGUGAACUGUUGGAGCAUGAUCCAAGGAUUAAAGGACCAAUUAAAAACAGGAGCUGCACUGAUAUUUUGUGUCUUCUUUUGUUUCUUACAUUCAUUGCUGGCUGGGUUGUGGUUGCAAGUUUUGCAUAUAAGUAUGGAGAUCCGAAGCGGCUCCUGCAUCCAACAGAUUCUGAUGGAAGAAUGUGUGGAGAAGGUGAUUUAGAAAUAUUCAUUCGACAAGCCCUACUUAUUUUUCUUUGAUUUGACAAAAUGUAUUAAAGGAUUUUCUUCAAUCCUGGAAGGUUGCCCAACUCCACAGGUUUGUGUCAAGAAUUGUCCCAAUACAACUUUUUCAACAUACACUUUCCUAAUGUUAUACCAGAAUGAAGAUGAAGAAUUGCUUAAGGAGAAACUAAUUUGUAGGAAUGAUAGUUUGAAAAGUACACAGAGCUUAAAGGAGUUAAUUGAAAGUAAAAAUUGUGCUUCAUUAUAUUUGAAGAGUAUUCCAUUUGCAGGAAGGUGCGUUCCAGAAGUCAUAGGCAAACUGGGAGAAUUUCUGUUUGAUGAAAAGUCUAAUAAAACACUUGAAGAUGAAAAUGGAAAUAAAAUAAAUGCCUCUAUUAUUGAUGAUGCUGGAAAGGGACUGGCUUUUAUUCUGAAUGCUAGAGAGGUGGGAGAGCAAAUUUUUGAAGAUAUUAGUAAUGUCUGGUGGAUCAUGAUUUUGUUUCUAAUUGCCUCCAUGGUGCUGUCUUUCAUUUGGAUUAUACUGAUGCGUAUUAUGGCAGGGGUGAUGGUGUGGUUAAGCUUUUUAUGUGUAACAGGAAUAUUAGGAUUUGGUUGCUAUUAUAGUGUGACAAUGUACAUGAAGCUCGUAGACCAGCCUGAAGCAGAAACUUCCUUCAAGUUUACAACAAAUGUGAAGUCGUACUUAGCUCUUAAAAACACAUGGCUGGCUUUUGCAAUUAUUACUGGAUUGCUGCUUAUCAUCUUACUGUUGCUGUUGAUAUUUCUUCGAAAACGUAUCUUAAUUGCCAUUGCUUUAAUUAAAGAAGGAAGCAGGGCUGUAGGGACAAUGGUAUCAUCACUGUUUUUCCCAAUUAUUCCAUACAUCUUUAUGUUUGCCCUCUUUGUCUUCUGGGGCUCAGUGUCCCUAUACAUUGCAUCAGCUGGCCAGCCUUCAUUCAGGACUGUUAGUAAUACUUCAACAGAAAAGUGUGAUCCACAUACAGUUACCGACCAAGCUAUGUGCAUUUUUACAAAGUUUGAAGGGGAUCCCAAUCUGUUUAGAGCCCAAAUCUACAAUCUUUUCGGCCUCUUCUGGGGUAUGUUCUUUAUUGUAGGGGUUGGCCAGGUUUCACUAGCUGGUGCUUUUGCAUCUUAUUACUGGACCUUUAAAAAAUCAGAUGUUCCAUCAUUUGCUGUUGGUAAGGGUUUUUGGAGGUGUACACGUUAUCAUCUUGGUUCUGUGGCCUUUGGAUCGCUCAUCAUUGCGAUUGUCAGAAUGAUUCGUGUCAUGCUGGAAUACAUAGAUAACAAGUUGAAAAAAUAUGAUAACCAAGUAACCAAGGCUCUACUUUGGUGUUGCAAGUGUUGUUUCUGGUGUUUGGAGAAGUUCCUCAAGUUUAUCAACAAAAAUGCCUAUAUAAUGAUUGCUGUAUAUGGUAAGAAUUUCUGCACCUCAGCAAGAGAAGCAUUCAGUCUGUUGAUGAGAAAUAUUGUUAGAGUGGUUGUUUUGGACAAGGUGACAGACUUUUUGUUAUUUCUUGGAAAAGUGGUUGUUGUUGGAGCAACAACUCUAGCAUCUUUCUACAUCUUCAGUGGUGAAGCUGAUAUUCCACAACUGAAAAUAGAUAUCUCGGUGAAUUAUUAUCUAAUGCCUGUCAUUGUGAUGGAAGACUCUGAAAAGAAUGAUGGGUCGGCAGAAAAGCCAUAUUUCAUGUCUACUGAGUUGAUGAAGAUACUCAACAAGAAAAAUAAAUUCCAAGAUCGUAAAUCCAAAUAA